UCCGGGUGUACCAAGAUGGCGGCCGCUCAGAGCAUGCGCUCUUCGGGCAGGAGGAAGGAGGAGCCAAAGGGAAACCUGUGGAGAGACUUGUGUGAGUCCGGGCCGUCAGUGGUGAUCACUCCGGGAGCUGGUGCCACCAUGGAAGGAGACCUGGCCAGGCUUGUGUGGAGGCCGGGCCUGGAUGCCCCGCCCCCCUCCGUCGUCACCGACCUGGAGAUGAAGAUCGGCUCCCUGGUCACUUUACUCCUCCUGACCCUCAUCAGCGGCCUGAUCCCCCUUUUCCUGCUGCGCCGCCAGGGGAGCACCGACAUCCUGAGUGCCCGUCGCCGAACGCUGAGCCUAAUCAGCUGUUUUGCCGGCGGCGUCUUCCUGGCGACCUGCCUGCUGGACCUGCUGCCUGACUACCUCUCCGGGAUGAACGAGGCGCUCGGCAAGUUAAACAUAACGCUCCAGUUCCCUCUUCAGGAGUUCAUCUUGGCCAUGGGGUUCUUCCUGGUUCUGGUUUUGGAGCAGAUCGUGUUGAGCUACAAGGACCAAACGGGCCUAUCAGAAGAGACUCACUCCCUCCUGGGCUCGGAGGCCCGCCACUCGGGCCCGGAACAGCCGCACGUACACGUGGACGUCAACGCGCACUCGGCGGUGCGGGCGGUCACCCUGGUCGCGUCGCUCUCCCUGCAUUCCGUUCUGGAGGGUCUGGCGGUCGGCCUCCUGCGGGAGAGCGGGAAGGUCCUGGAGAUCUGCUUGGCCCUCCUCAUCCACAAGUGUAUCAUCUCCUUCAGCUUGACCUUGAAGCUGAGCCAGGGCCGCCUACGUCCUCGGGUCAUCCUGGGCUGCCUUCUGCUUUUCUCCUUCAUGACCCCUCUGGGCAUCGGCAUCGGGGUGGCCCUGAUGGAGUCCUCCGACCCCUUGCACCAGCUGGCUCGCAGCGUCCUCGAGGGCAUCGCCACCGGCACCUUCUUGUACAUCACCUUCCUGGAGAUCCUGCCUCAUGAACUAAAUUCCGGCGACCAGCGCAUCGGCAAGGUUGUGGUGAUGCUGUGCGGCUUCUCGGUUAUCACCGCCAUCUUGUUUAUCAAGAUCUAGGAUGGGUCAUAUACAGGACAUUUCCAACUUGCCCUUCCCCCUUCCAUGAACACUGAUGGCAAAGAUGGAGGAACGAUGGUCACAGAAAAGGACCGGCUCAUGAGCGGACCCACCAGGGCUCUUCAUCUACAAGUGUAUCGCCUUCAGCUUGACUUUGAAGAUGAGCCAGAACCACCUAAGGCCUUGGGUCAUCCAACGCUACUUUCUGCUCUUCUCCUUCUCGACUCCCUCUGGCCAUCAGCCUUGGGGUGGCCCCCUGACGAAGUCCUCUGACCUCUUUCACCACCUGACUCGCAGUGCCCUGGAGGGAACCACCAGCACCUUCUUGUAUACUAACUUCUUGGAGAUCCUGCCUCACAAGUUCUGGCAAGGUUGUGGAGCUUCUCAGUCAUCGCCACCAUCUUGUUUACCAAGAUCUAGGAUGGGCUAUAGACAGAACGUUUCCAUCUCACCCUCCCCCUUUCCCAAACCCUGAUGGUCAAAAAAAAGAACCAACUCAUGGGCCGACCCACCAUGGCUCCUCAACCACAAGUGUAUCAUCUCCUUUAGCUUGACCUUGCAGCUGAGCCAUGGCUACUUCCAUCCUUGGGUCAUCCUAUGUUGCCUUCUGCUCGUUCCCUUCAUGACCACUCCUGGGAAUCAGCCUUGGGGUGGUCCUGAGGAAGUCCUCUGACCUUUUUUCACCAGCUGACUCGCAGUGCCCUGGAGGGCAUCACCACCAGCACCUUCUUGUAUACUAACUUCUUGGAGUUACGAGUUCUGGCGAUCAGCUCAUCGGCAAGGUUGUGGUGACGCUGUGGAGCUUCUCGGUCAUCGCCACCAUCUUGUUUAUCAAGAUCUAAGAUGGGCUAUAGACAGAACGUUUCCAUCUCACCCCCCCCCCCUUUCCCGAACCCUGAUGGUCAAAGAAAGGGACCAACCCAUGAGCAGACCCACCAUGGCUCCUCAACCAUCUAAAGACCCAAACCGAGUUUAAUUCUGGACUGUAAUCGGCAGUUUCCUUUUUUCUUAGCCCUUCCAAAUGGUGUUGGCCGUUUCUCCUUUGACGAAAAAGAGAACCAUUUUGGAUGGCGGUCCAAUGAAAUUGCCAGAUGAUGAGGAUUCGGCCUAAAAACAAAUUCUGUAAAACGGACAUUGAAACAAUCUCACCGUGUUUUGACUUUUGGUUUUAUCCGACCUGGAGGGACCUCAGGAGUCAGUCACCAGUAGGCCUAAAAAAAUAUAAAGUUGGGCACCCAACUUUUUGAAGCUCCUGUCCCUUUUGGCCACCCAUCUUGAAAAUCCAACAAUGAACCCCCCGAUACUCCCCUUCACCUCGCUCUACUGACCUAUCAGAACCUUCAGAAAUAUCAGGUUCUUCAGGUAUGGAGAACAAAGUUAACUGGGGUGUCCCAAGUCUACAACUCGCCCAACUAUGGAGGAGGCCGCCAUGAUGGAUUGGUGGCUUCAUCCUCCUGUAGGGUAGUCAUGUGACGGCACAGCACCGGUUCCAAGUACAGGGAAUUAUGGGAAAGAAGACAGAGGCAUCAGCCUUGAGGCUUCAUCCCCCUGUAGGGUAGUCAUGUGACGGCACAGCACCGGCUCUAAUUACAGAGAAUUAUGGGAAAGAAGAUGGUGGAAGCCAUGAUGGGUUGGUGGCUUCAUCCUCCUGCCAAAUCUUUAGCGUUAAAUGCUCUGGUCUCGUUUUUUUUUUUUAGUUGGGGAGGUUUCGGACACUACUUCCUGUUCCAGACACACCCCUACUUCCUGUUCCAGACACACCUCCUACGUCCUGUUCCAGACACACCCCUAAUUCCUGUUCUGGUGACACCUCUACUUCCUGUUCCAGACACACCCCUACGUCCUGUUCCAGACACACCCCUACGUCCUGUUCCAGACACACCCCUACUCCCUAUUCUGGUGACACCCCUACGUCCUGUUCCAGACACACCCCUACGUCCUGUUCCAGACACACCCCUACGUCCUGUUCCAGACACACCCCUACGUCCUGUUCCAGACACACCCCUACUCCCUGUUCCAGACACACCCCUACUUCCUAUUCUGGUGACACCCCUACUCCCUGUUCCAGACACACCCCUACUUCCUAUUCUGGUGACACCCCUACUCCCUGUUCCAGACACACCCCUACUUCCUAUUCUGGUGACACCCCUACUCCCUGUUCCAGACACACCCCUACUUCCUAUUCUGGUGACACCCCUACUCCCUGUUCCAGACACACCACCCCUACUUCCUAUUCUGGUGACACCCCUACUCCCUGUUCCAGACACACCCCUACUUCCUAUUCUGGUGACACCCCUACUCCCUGUUCCAGACACACCCCUACUUCCUAUUCUGGUGACACCCCUACUUCCUGUUCCAGACACACCCCUACUUCCUGUUCCAGACACACCCCUACUUCCUGUUCCGGUGACACCUCCCGAUGUGACAGAGUAUGAGCCAAGCCACAAGUUUAUAUUCCAGAUAUGAAUGAGCAACUGCAACGCUAUUGGACAGUAACACCACUAGGACCUCCCCCGAGGUUCCAGCAUUACCCAUUCAUUUCCUCACUGGGGUCACCAGCACAGGAAGUGAAAUCUCAGCAGAGGGGACACAAACGGCAUUUAAAACCUUCCCAGUUCUAUUGAAAUUGCACAGUUUUGGGCGGAGUUUCGUCAUUUCGGGGGUCUCAGGCCUCAGUGGGAUAGGAGGAGACGUCUACAGUUGACCAAUCGCCAAUCUGAUCGUACGAUCGCCUUUAGAUCUAGAGUAGCGCAAGGGCCUCUGAUUGGCUACAGAUUGAUUCACGUGUCCUCCUAUUCUAUAGAUUAGGAGAUUGUCCAAUCAGAUGGCACGGUGUAUGGCCAGCGUGAGAUCAUAUUAUUCACCAGCACUAACCAAUCAAAUGUAAGGGAUUGCUUUAUUAUAUCGGAUUAAUUCUACUAGUAUUAGUUUACCUUCGUCUUAUAUAUAUAUAUAUAUAUUUUUAUUACUUGCACAACGGAUUUCUACAAUUUAUAAAUUUGCAGUAAAAGAAAAAAAAAAA